CUGCUGUUGUUGCUGUUUCCGGGGUGGUCUUGUUUUAGCCGAAGUCACUUUUCCGGGCAACUUCGACCUCCGGCGACCUCCCGUUGGCGAGCACGACAUCCCUCUAACCUUGGACAGCGCCGCGCUCCCCCAAGGUUUAGUGUUGCGAGGAGCUUCACCUUGAUUGCCUGGCCAGAAUCUUCACGGAGCUGAGGAAGGACUAUAACCCCAUUUAGAUCUGAUCUGCAAAAUGAGUGCAGGUGGUGCAUUUGGUGGAAAUAGGGGAGCGAGACCUGUACCUCCAGAAAAAGGUGUAUUUCCUUUGGAUCAUUUGCAUGAGUGUGACUUGGAAAAGAAAGAGUACGUAGCCUGCUUGAAAUCAUCAGGCUUUCAGUCGGAAAAAUGUAGGCACUUCUCGAAGAAGUACUUGGAAUGUCGCAUGAUGGAGAGAAACUUGAUGGCGAAACAAGACAUGUCGGAGCUUGGGUUUGGCAAGGAAGAUGAAAGAGAUCCUUCUGAAGAGUCAAACAUCAAAAUCGACAAUCAAUAUAGCCCUUCAACUGAGAAGAAGAAAAUAGCUGCUUGAUUCUUUUAUGAUGCUUAAGCUUGAUAUCAUGUCUAUUAUAUUAUAGCUCUGAAAAGUAAUAAGAGAAAUGAAUUUCGAGGGGUACUAGUAGGUAUGUAACCUUGGUAAAUUGAAAUCUUUUAGCAUAAAUAAGGAUGGAACAUUAGCUAAUUUUGUAUAUUUGUUCUUGACAUCUAAGAAAAAGAGCUUGUACUCGCAUUAUUGAGAGCCUUCAGUGAAAUGGGCCAUGUGUACAAUUUUUGCUCAGUUAAGACAAGUUCAUUCAGCUUCUGAGAUAA